GCAGCAUUAGAUCAUGACAUCAAAGGAAAAACCACAACUUUUGAAGCUGAGCACAAGGAAUGCAUCCGCGUGUUGCCAUACACAAAUGCAAGCGGUCAGGUUUAUGUCCAACUGUACGUAUUUUGUGACAAGAACAGUAUACCAGAAGAGUUAAAAGAAGCUGCUCAAGAGUUCUUCGGGGAGACGGGUGUUGAACUCAGAUGGACUAAUCUGUAUAAUUACGCGUCUAACAUACCAAAUAUUGUCUCGAAAGAUUUCAAACAAUUAGAAGUAUCCCAGGCUAAUGUUAUUUGUAAAAUAAUUAACAAAAAUCUGCCCGUAUUCUCCAAGCACCGUAACAUCACUGCAAUCCAGCCCUCUUUGAAGGUUACAAAUUCAAAGCAAACAAACUAUCCUUGCAUCAGAGUUUAUGUUCUUGGCAAAGGAUGCAUUCCCGUUGGCGAAUCGGAAAUCCCAAACGCCGUUGAGAAUUGUCCCGUAGACAUCGUGGAUGGAUUUUGGUUGGAAACUAUAGACACCCCCAAGCCCCUCACGGCACAUAAGCAGGAGAAAUAUCUUCGUUUAGGAGCAAGCAUAGGAGUUAGAGGGGCAAAAACUGCUGGGACCUUGGGAGCCAUUGUAAAAGAUGACAGCAGUUUUUAUCUACUCUCCUGUGAUCAUGUGAUCAACCAUGAAUGGGAGAGAGAGAUAAUACAUCCUGGAGGGGGCCAUUACUUGGCCUCUUUAAAAUACCACCUGACUGAGUACCAAAACUGGAUAAAUCGUAUCAUUGAACCAGAAAAUAGUUGGAUGGACAGCAAUCUAAUGCCAAAAAGUAUUUUUGAACACCUGAAAAACCAAGUAAAUUCGUUUUAUAACGCUACGGAUGUCCAACGGCAUCCGAAGUUAGAAGAGUGCGAGAGGAAAUUAGGCGAACUUUUCUCAGAGAAACCAAGAACUGUAGCAUACUAUAAAGAUGGUUUUCGCCAGAACAUGAAGAUUCCGGGCGGAUCAGAAUGUUUCAUUGAUGUUGCAAUUGCUGAGUUGACCGAUAAAGAAGUAGAAGCUCUAAAAGAAAAAGGUUAUGUCGAAAUUAUUGACACAACAAAUUAUCCAGAUGGCAAUGUCUCGAGGGAUGGGUCACAAAAUCGUGCGAAGGAAUGGUGUAAAAGUGGUAGCUCCACUGGAUAUACUACUCUGAAAAAUCAUUAUUACCUUGAAAAUGUGUUUUUAAAGACUGCCGAACAUGAAAGGCCAUCAUUCUUUCCAGGAAACCUCAAACCUCCUGAAACGUACGUAGGUGACGAAGUGUGGCGUGUAAGCUGCUUAUUGUUUCCACACAACCAGAAUGUAUUCUCUAAGCUGGGAGAUUCGGGGGCAGUCAUUUUUGAAAAAUCUGAGGGACAGCCUCAGGCGAUGUCAGGAUUUGGCAUUGUCCUUGGAGUAAUUUCUUCCGAGGCUGGGUGUGGCACCGUAGCCGCACCAUUAUUUAGUGCUCUCGACCUACUCUACGAAAAGUUG